AUGAAAAUGAAAUUGGGUGCAACACUGCUGCAGCUUCAUUGUACAAGAGGUAAUCAUUCAUUUCUGCAUCUGCAUCAUAUAAUUGUGAGAAGUUAUUAUGGUUCAAGAGGAAGUGUAACACAACUCGAGAGUUUUGUAAGGGAUGAGUGUAAAUCUGGAAGGAUUAAAAAGCUUGAUGAUGGAUUGAAAUACUUUGAUCAAUUGAUUCUGGAAAGUCCAUUACCAUCUAGUGGUACAUUUAAUCAUGUAUUUGGAUCAUUAACGAAGAUUAAAUGCUAUUCAGAUGUUAUUAUGUUGUAUAAGAAGCUGAUUUUGCUUGGGGUAAAACCAGAUAUUUAUACACUCAGCAUUUUGAUUAAUUGUUACUGUCAAUUAGGCCAACUGAAUCAUGGGUUUUGUUUGGUUGGAGAGAUUAUAAAGAGAGGUUAUCAUCCUUCUGUUGUCACUUUCACUACACUGAUUAAAGGCUUGUGUAUCAAAGGUGAGAUUGAAUCAGCCUUUCAACUGUUUGCUAAAAUGACUCACACAGGUAUUCAUCCUACUGCCUUUACGUGUGAUACUCUUAUACAUGGGCUCUGUAGAAUUGGUGAAGUGGGUCGUGCUCUUCAGCUUAAAAACAACAUGGUGAAAUGGAACUGCAGACCUGAUGUUGUUUCAUAUUCUGCCAUUAUAGAUACUCUUUGUAAAGGAGGUCUAGUUGAUCAAGCUUUGGUUCUCUUCUCCGAAAUGCACAGUGAUUCAAAUGUGGCCGAUUGA